UUUUUAUUAUUAUUAUAUUAUAUUAUUUAUUCAUAUAUAUAUUUUAUUUUUAUUUUUGUGUUUUUUUUUAUUUCAGAUCGAAAAUUCCAAUAAAAUAUUAUGGAAAUAUUAUUAACAGCGCGCUACGGUUAAUAAAUGCUCGUAUUUACUUAAAAAGAGGAAUAUUUAUGUUUUAGUUGUGAUUUGAACGUGGUGUGAAUUUAUUCAAAUUACUUAUAUGUAUAAUUUUUUUUUCAAUUUUAAUUUUAUUGAAACAGAGAAAAUUAAUCAAAAAUUUAGUUAUUAACAGAAUUAUAAAUAUUUUGUUAUAUAAAAAAAUAAACGAAGAAAUUAUUGUCAAAGAACUACAACAGACAAAUUAUUGAAGUGAAAUUGAAAAAUCGAAGUGAAGAACAUAAAAAAAACAACAAACAAACAACAGCUUAGUAAAAGUGAUUAAAAAAAAUAAAAAUAAAUAAUAAAAUUAGAGUAAAUAAAAAAAAAUCAAAUAAUAUUAAAAAAAUAAAAAACCUCAUAAAACGAAAAGAUUGCUAAAAAACAGCUGAUUUAAAAAAUUUAAUACUCAAAAAAAAACCAAAAAAAGCCAAACUCUACAGACUUCGAGAAGAUUUUUUUUUUUUUGAUAAAAAUAUAAAAUUUAUAUCUAAAUAAAAUUUUGAAAAUGGCAAAUCAAUGCAGAAGUUGUGGUCGUGAUUUAAAUAAUAAUUACACGCCAUAUUCGAAUGGUUAUCCAAAUGCAAAUUCAACAAAUAAUGAUCGUAAUUCAGCAAAUUUAUAUAAUACAAGAUCUACUACAGCAACGACAACACCAACUGGAAAUGUCUCAACUAAAGUAAUGUUUAGUUCAGUUGGUGCAAUUAAAGAUCUUAGAGAAAAGGAGAACAACAGAAAUAAUAUCGCAAAAUCAAACAGGAGAAAUUAGCAGAAGCAUAUAAAAAUUGAAAAAAAAAUUUU